AUUUAACAUGUCAUUGUAAACCUUUUUACCUUCUGAUUGGUGCGUUGUGUUCAUAUAACAAUUAACUGACCAGAAAUAACUGUGGGUGUUGCGCUAAGUUAGUACAUCACCAAAGAUCACGUGGAGAUUUAAAAAAUGGUACGAUCAAGAUCAGCUGCUAAAGCAGCAACUCAGGAGGUGAAGGUCAAUGGAGAAGUUUCACCUAAAGUACCCAAAGGGAGAGGUCGUAAACGUGGACUGCCAACAAAGGAUUCACCGGAAAUAAAAAAAAUGAAAAUGAAGUUGGAGGCCCCUAACGUGGAGAAUGGUGUGGUGUUGACAGUAGGUAUGGGUGACAUUGGCCAGCUUGGCUUAGGACCAGAUGUGGAUGAGAAGACUCGGCCAGCUGUUGUGCCUAACCUUACUGACAUUGUUGCUAUUGCAGCGGGCGGCCUCCACUCCGUCGCCUUGGAUAAGGCUGGCAAGGUCCACACAUGGGGCUGCAAUGAUGAGGGUGGUUUAGGUCGCCAGACACCCAAUGAUGAAGCUAACUUCACUAGUGGCUCAGUAGACAUUGAUGGGAAGGUUGUUCAAAUUUCGGCCGGUGAUUGUCACACAGCAGCCCUCCUUGAAGAUGGCCGGGUGUUUGCUUGGGGAUGCUUCAGAGAUAACAAUGGAGCUCUGGGAUUAUUAGAUAAAGGGAGUAUACAGAAAACACCAAGACAGCUUCUAGAGGGUGUUCCUAUUAUAAAGGUCAGUUCUGGCAACAACCACUUGGUACUGCUGGCACAUGAUGGUCGUGUGUUCACCUGUGGCUGUGGAGAGGCUGGACAGUUGGGCAGGAUUGCUGAAGCUUUUGCCAACAGAGAUUCUAGAAACCGGAAAGGCAUAGAAAUUUUACUUAAUCCACAGCCCCUAAAAGUAUUCAAAAAUCGAAAAGCAGUACUAUUUGAUGAUGUGUGGGCGGGAGGACUUGGCACCUUUGUGAGGGCACGAGGUACUGGAGAUGUGUAUGCAUUUGGACUCAACAAUUACAAUCAACUUGGUGAUGAGGACACAAACCUUAAGUUUCAACCAGUACUGGUGAAGAACUUUGCUGGUAAAAUCUGGGAGCAAAUGUCAGUUGGACAACACCAUAGUUUGGCUACUACUGAAGAUGGCACGGCACACUGUAUGGGACGUCGAGAAUAUGGACGCUUAGGAAUGGGAGAUUUGGAUAAUGAUAUCAAGAAACCCACUCCUAUAACAUCUUUAGUAGGAAAGAAAGCCAUUAGCGUGUCUGCUGGGGAAUGUGUCUCCUUAGUAAUCAUGGAGUCUGGUGAUGUGUAUGCUUUUGGAAUGGGCACAAACAACCAGCUGGCCCAGGGAGAUGAAGAGGACCAGUUGUUACCCGUUAAGAUGGGCGGUAAACAGUUGGCCGAGCGAAGAGUUGUGGCAGCACAAGCUGGAGGACAACACACACUUCUUCUUGCCAUAGCAAAGUGAUACUUGUAGUUUUAGGGUACAUUUUUUUUUUCUUGUUGUAACGUAGGAAUAUUUUUGCUCAGUGGCACAGCAGAAAAAGUGCACAAAUGCUUACCUUUAUAACUUAUUUGUACAAAUUUUGUGUGGCAGUAUGUGAGAAUAACAUGUGAGUAACUUAAAAAAGUAACUUUCAUCUUGAACAUGUAUAUGUGGCUAGUAAAUGUUUAUCAUGAGAGUACUAUAAAUACUAUAAACUAGAAUGAGAAGGGGAGUGUAAAUUGAAAAUGCAGUUGUUAGGGAACUGACCUGAUGAGAGGAUACACUAAUGUGUUAUUUUGUUAGGGUUUAUAAUUUUAAUAUAAAUUUUGCUUCUUCUCAAGUUUUUCCCUGUAUUUUGGAGUUUCCUGCAAUCAGCUUUUAAAGCACAUUGCUAGUUUCUGUUAAUAAGUUUGAUUUUGUUAAUUGGAACUAUUUUUCUUUGAAAUUUUGGGUUAAGACAUGAUGGAUUCCAAAGAAGUACUGUAGUGUUUUAACUAAUUUAAUUUCAUGUUUACAAGCCACUUAGAUUAUUAAAUUUUUAGGUUAUGUUGAAUAUUUUUGGUAUUCAUUGAAAGAAAUUUUUAAUUAAUAAUGCAGUAUUGAUUAAGGAAAUAGACUGUCACUGACAUAAAACUGUUGGUUUCUGCAUAUUCUAAUAAAACAAUUGUCACAGACAAACAUUUUCUUUGCUUAUACCACUUCAAAGAUAAUUACAGUAAAAACCCCAUAAUUCGUACUCCCCUAAUUCGAAAUCACUCAUAAUUCGUAAUGUUUUGCCAUUAUGAAAUUUUUUAAAAUUGUUUUUAAUAUUUGGUAAAAUUCUGAAAUAUAUGAGAGAUUUCACAAUUUCAAUACAUACUGUGUAUUACAUUUGUUUUUAAUAUUUGUAAAAUUUAUAUUAUGAGACAUUUAAGAAUAUGUAUGACGCACAUGUCACCAUGGGAUGCUACCGCUUGCCUCAUUGUAAACAAGUAUUCACAUGUCGGUCAAUCAUGGGUCUACUGUGCAAGCUUUUUCCACUUGUUUUUCCAUCAUUGCCUAGUGUUUGAGCCAUUAUCUUCCCAGUGUUUGAACCAUUAUAUCUGAUAUCCCUAAAUCUGGAACUGUACUUAGAAAUAUUUAAAUUUUGAUUGGGCAGAUAUGGAAAAGUAUCAUUGUUUUGUUUAUUUAUCCCUUGGGAGAAGGUAUUCCUUAAUUCAUAAGGGCUAGAGCCCCUAUUACUUCGAGUUAUGGGGGUUUUACUGUAUGAGAGAUCGAUUAUGAAAGAGGAAUGAGUACUGUACUCAAUACUCAUUGCAACAUUAUUCAGGUGUAUCUGAUGCCACAUAAUUGUCAGAGGAAACCUGUUGUUCAGGCUAAGAUUACUAUAACAAACUUGCAUUAUGAGAAUCAAAUGACAAAUAAUGCAUCAGUGCUGCCCCUCCAGUAUAAAUUACCUUGUUGAAGCUUUCGUUUAUUUUGACCAUAUUCAUUUCAAAUGCAAUGUGAAAAUAAUAUUUUAUUAGUAGAAGUAAAGUUAAUAGAGGUAUUGGCUGUUUAUUCAAUUGGACAUAAACAAACCCAUUUAACUUACCUUAAGAGAAAUCUUAUCUUGGAACUAUAGAUUAUUUAAACCCUUCACUACGGUGAUGCCAAUUUAAUAUUUUAUUUGGCUAGCACCAGAUAAUUUGAAUCACCUCAGAGGAGAGGUGACUGUGUACACAAAUGGUUAAUGUUUGUUUGUUUUUCUAAGGAUGCAUUAUUUUUCCUUAUUUUGUUUAAGAAUUAAAACAAAUAGAGGUAUGAGUUUGUGAGUGUUUGGAACUAAAACUUGAUUUAACCUUACCCACAAAAGGAAAUGUUUGGUUUUGUGAAUUUCCUGUUUUCAGAGAUCCAGUAGUGAGCUCAAUAUACUGAGGUUUACUGUUGGCAGUGGGUUAGCUAUCUGAGAUUCACUGGUGGCUGUGGGAUAGCUUUCUUAAGUUCACUGUUAGUAGUAGGUUAGCUUUCUGGAGAUUCACUGUUGGUAAUGAGUUAGCUAUUUGAUGUUCAUUAUUAAGUAGAGAUUUUAAUAUUGUAGGUUUGCUGUUUAGUGAGCUCUUAACAUUGUUUUACUGAUGGCAGCACUCUUGCUUUUGAAAAUUCAUUGUUGACAGUGAGAUAGCUUUUUGAGGUUUACUGCUACCAGUGAGUCCUGGCAACUGUUUUUUUUUGGCCUUUCACUUUUUUCAGGUAGAGUUAACCUGACUUAAUUUGUUUCAGGAUGUUAAUACAGAAUUAAUGUUUUACUUCAUUUCAGUUACCCAUCUUUGAAUAUUGUGCCCCAACUUGGUUCUCAGCUGUAGAGUGCCACUUAAAAAUAAUUUAUAAGGUGUUGAAUAGUACUGUAUGGCCAAAUACCUUCGUGAUGAGGCUGACUGGGUUCUUAAAUUUCAAUGCAUUCUAAAUCAAUUUUCUUCUAUAACAUCUACAGUAUGAUAAUAAAAGGAUGUUUCUCUCUGUGA